UUGUGGUUGUCUUUGUUGCUGGUCUGUGGUUGCCGUCGUUGCGAUAAAAUUGCGGCUUGAAUUUUUUUCAGUUUCUAAAAUUAAUUUUACUAAUAGUAUACGGUAACUAAGGUGAUGGAAAUACAAUUACAGUAAAAUGCAGUCCGUAGUGGCUCGAGUGCGCAGUUAUCUAAACUGGUUAGUUGGUGAAGACGAUAUCCCGAGCAAGACAAGCUUCAAAAGAGACAGAAAUGACGAUGAUAUCUCAUCUGAUGAUGAUCUUCCAACUUUAAAGAGACAAAAGAAACUAAGGAAAACUUCCUUCCCCGAUAUAUUGAGUACUAGAGAUAUGUGGGAUAAUGAAGACAGGCCUGCUAAAAAUGUAAGAUACAUACCAAUUCAAGUAGAAACAGGCCAUCCGAGCACAUCCACACCUAAUGAAGCAUCAAUCAGGAACAACAGAGUACGAACAGUCCCUAUCAAAUUGGUAGACGGUUCUAAUGGGCGGUCCACACCAUCACGAAAACCUCGCUUGCAGCCCGUGACGCCGAUUUUUCGAGCUGAUGUUGAUGAUACAGAAGAUGAUGAUGAAGAGGUUAUAUUGGUUGAAACUAAACCUAAAAAACAGACACACUAUUACAAAGCUGUAGCACAAAGUAACAAGAACGAAGAUGAUGAUGAUGACGAUGACGUCAUAUUCAUCAAAGAAGUCUCUACAAUCCCCUACCACAGUGCCAAUAAAAAUAACGAACAUAGGGAUGACGGAUUUAAGUACUACAAGAUAUGUCGAAACCUUAACGAAAGGGGUGCAAACCAUUCACCCAGGGAACAUAGCAAAUUUAAAGGCACAGCUGGUAUCACAAAGCAAUACAAAAAAACUACACCGUUACCAAAAUGGAUGCAACCAAACACCUCACAAUCACGAAAUAGAUUCUCAACUCUUAACGGAAAUGCUCGAUCGACAUUAUCGGAAGUUUUCAAUUUGGAUGAGAAAAGACGUUACCAAGAACUAAUCAAGAAAGUAGGUGAUUCUAUGAAACCUUCGUCGAAAGGAAAACCUUUAAAUAUUUACAAUUUAGCCGACAAUUCUGCUUCAUUUCGGUUAACGCAAAGAGCACAAAGAAAUGCCUUGAAUGAAAUAAAGUUAGUUGAAAAAGGUUUGAGUGCGGAAAAGCUUCAUGAAGCUUCCAAAGAGUACGAUCCGAUCACAAUCGCAUCUAUAAACUCGUCGGAUUCAGAAGUCGAAAUCAUUCCUUCCGAAACAUCAACUUCAUCGUCUGUUAAAAUUGCUAGAUCUAACUCUUUAAAAGAUUCCUUAAGAAAUGAAGCAUUGACUUCGAAUGACUGGGUUUCCAAGCUAGAUUCUAAGUAUAAAGAAAAACAUAGUGAUGUUACAGGCAAAAUAGUAGAUGCAAAACGGGAGUUUGACAUAAUAUCUAAAGUGAAUUAUGAACAGAACCUAGCGCAUUUAGAGCAUAAGUUGAAACAUGAACUUAGUCUACCAGAGAGUCUAAUAGCUGUACCUCAGCCUACGGUAGAGUUACCUCCUUUGACUCUUGAGCAAGAGAAAUUAGUUAAAAAAGCAAUCGGCCCGGGCCCUGCCGGCCAACUACUAGUAGAGAAAUUUAAUUUAAGGAUACACAGGCGCGACCUCCAAACCCUAGCAGGACUGAACUGGCUGAAUGAUGAAGUGAUUAACUUCUACAUGAACCUGCUGAUGCAGCGAAGUGAGGAGCGCAAGGACUUACCGCGUGUUUACGCUACCAACACAUUCUUCUACCCCAAGCUCAUGCAGACUGGCCAGGCUGGUCUCAAGAGGUGGACCAGGAAGGUGGACAUAUUCGCGCACGACCUCAUGGUGGUCCCGGUGCACCUGGGCGUGCACUGGUGCCUGAGCCUCAUCAAGUUCCGCGAGAAGAAGAUCCACUACCUCGACAGCAUGGGCGGCCGCAACCAAGCCUGCCUCGACGCGCUGCUCAAGUACCUGCGCGACGAACACAAGGACAAGAAGGGGCAGCCCUUCGACGACAGCGGGUGGCGCACUGAGAGUCUCAAGGACAUCCCGCAGCAAAUGAACGGCAGCGACUGUGGCAUGUUCGCGUGCACAUUCGCAGAGUUCAGCGCUCGCAACGCGCCCUACACCUUCACCCAAGCGCACAUGCCUUACCUGAGGCGCAAGGCCGCCUUCGAGAUCCUGCAGGCGAAACUGCUGCUGUGACCACUUGGCGGCGAGUGCACCUAACUUCUUCUGCUCUCACAAACUGUUACACCAACAUAAUAAUUCUGUUGAAAACGUCAUACUAAUAGUUGCGUACAGUAAUACCACUUUUAUAAGUCGCAUCGUCAUAAUUCUUUUGCGCAGAAAUAACGCCAUGAAUCUUUAAACACAAAGUGUAACCAGAACGCUAUCAAAAACUUUGCGAUACUAUUAUAUUACCAUAACACAAUCCAAUGCCAAUAACCAUUUGCCUUGUCUUGUAGUUUAAGCGAUUUAGUAUUUUUCAAACCCGCAUUGUAUAGCGUGCAAAACUCGGGUCAAUGCCCCACCUACGACGCGGGAUUGACUUCGUGUGGCCUAUUACAGGAAAGUUCGUUGACCUCUAGCGUCAGUCAGAUGUUUUAUUUGCAAUAUAUUGUGAACUUUUAAAAAUACAGGAUUGUUUCGUAGUUUUUUUUUAGCUAUCUUAUCAGUAAUCAUCAGUACUAUCGCCUGUCUUAGUUUUUGCUAGCGUUCUGGUGACACCGUAUAUAGUCCGUACGAAAUGAGAACUCACUCGCCAUUUUAACUCUAUGUCAAAAGUACGGUUCACCUUUAAAAUAAAGCCUAAAAUCGUACUUUUGACAUGACAGUUGACACAAAGUUAAAAUGGCGAGUGAGAUCUCAUUUCGUACACAUUGUCCGGAUUGCUUACCCGUAACACCUACUUGAAGCAAAACCUACUCAUCGCUAUCCCGUUUCAACUGCCGAGGGAGAGCAAGCGAUCGCACCCCACUGGGAUCCGAUCUCUCGCUCUAAUUUUAUAGUGGAAGUGGGAUAGCGAUAAGUAAGUACUUGCUCCAAGUAAGUAUUAAAAGUGAACUUUCUAUUACUUCUUCAUGUCUAAUGCAGACUAAAAGCGAAUGUGCACCAAUGAAAUACCUUAUUCCUUUACGUUAAGAUUUUAAACACAAAAACAACAGACUCAUGCUAUCUUGCUCAGUAUAAAUAUUUGCGAGUACAAACAACAACCAAUAGCAGGUGGAAGCGCACUAUGAUUGGUUGAGAUAUUUAACGCCAUUGAGAAAUAAGAUUUCUGUGCAGGUACGUCGAAGUAACUUAUAAAAGUUGUAGUGUACACAAUACACAAUAUAAUAAUUCAGUUGAAAACAUAGUCCUGCUGAUACCAACUAUGUAUUCUUAGAGGUGUAUUCACAUUUCAAAUAAUUUAUUCGAAAAUUGUAAGAAAUAAAUGGAAAUAAUUUACAUGAGGAA